AUGUUCCUCAUGGAGCCAACAUUGGAAUUAUGGCUUGCGGUCGUGGCAAUCGCCAGCAUUCUUCUCGGACUCGUGUUCACGUUAGCUGUAAUCGUGUGUUCGCGCAAACGGCGUACGGCGAAACAGCUGAGUGGAGUCGAGCGACUGCUAAUAGUCACAGCUCAUCCCGAUGACGAGUCAAUGUUCUUCGGGCCCUUGAUAAUAAAUGAAAUUGAAAGAGGAACCGAAGUGUAUCUGUUAUGUCUCUCAACCGGAGACUGUCACCGGGAGGGUUCUCGACGGAAAGCCGAGCUGGUUAAUGCGUGUCGCGCGUUAGGAAUUCCUCCAGGCAACAUAACCGUAAUUCAACACGGACUGCUUCCCGAGCACCCGAAGAAACGCUGGAAUGACCGACUCGUAGCCAACCUCAUCUUCAAAUAUGUCACCAGCCUGAAUUGUGACACGGUGGUAUCAUUCGACCAUUACGGAGUGAGUGGCCACUCGAAUAAUGUGUCAAUAUUCGAUGCUCUGCUCUAUCUCUUCGAAGACCCCGCUGAGACGGGUCUCAAGGUGGACUUCCGAGUGUUCAUGCUCGAGUCGGUGAAUACUUUACGGAAGUACAGUGGAUUGCUAGAUGGGGCGUGCAGCUACCUCUGGCCAUCGUGCUACGUUUAUCUUCUGACGCCAGAUCAACGGCGGAAACUCGAUUUGGCGAUGUCCCAACAUAGUUCAAAAUACGCCUGGUUCCGCCGGCUUUACUGCCGGUUCUCACGGUACAUGUACGUCAAUACCCUGAACGAAUUGACCGAGGAGAAAGCCGAAGUCGACAAGAAUGAAUAG